UACACACACGUUAUGCAAACAACUUUUAUUUUGGAUGCAAUUAAUCGUUUUGACAGCACUAAAAUAUAAUGUGAUAUGGCUUUGGCCACAUACACACUGCAGCUAAAGUUGGUUGUCAGUUCACCUUUUAGUGCUUAAUCGCAUUCUGUACACACAUAAUUCACUAAAAUACGGAGGUGACAACCGAAUUAAUUCCCAAAAAAUACAGGUAGUGACAACUGCAUUUACAGAAAUUCUAAGCAGUGUGUAUACGGAGCCUUUGUGUGAUUAUCAAAUUGCAAUUUAAUUAAUUACAUAAGCUGUGUGUUUCAGAGUUAAGCGCAACACUGUUCUUUUACACUCGAGCCAAAAUAAAACCAUAAAUAUUGGUAUUGUCAUUUUAAAAUUGUACUGCAAAAUAAAAAAAUUUAAAUAGGCCUACUGUUUUUUUUUAUUUCACAGGGAAAUAUUACAGCAGUUCAAUUAAUAUAUAAUCACAAGAUGUUUGACUAUAUUCUGUAGCUGUACAAACCACAAAAAUUACAACCGGAGUUUUUAUCAUGGGGGAAAACAAUUAAGUGAUGUUUUUCUCAGUUGUUUGGAGAGCAUAAAGUGAAAACCCGGAGCGGAUCUGCGUCGCGUGACUACGGAACGCUUUAACAAUGGUCGUUCCGCUCCACUCAAAUAAGCUGUUCCUGUCCAGCUUUCAGUCUGUUUGACACUCAAACCUCGAACCCAGAGUUUCCGAGUACCGCUGGAAAGUUUGUGAAGCGUAAUUACAACGUCAGGACUCGCGACCUGAAUUUCUGCACGAGACAGGAAAGCACGCGGAAGCUCAACAUGUUUGUCCCUCCCAGUCAUUCAGGACUAUUAAACUUGUCAGCUUUUAGGUCAUGUUCAUUCGCCGGUUUUGAAAGAAACGUUGAUCGCUGAUAUGGACGGAAGCACACCUGGAGAACCCGUGGAUAUGAACGCAGUGGCUGUAGUGAGUCGUCGCGAAUGGGACGCCGUGGAAGCUCGGGACAGGACAGAGAUGAAGAAUCCCGCACAGACAGUGAUCGUUCACCACACAGCGCUCCGGUACUGCGCGCAUCCGCGCGACAGCGUCUCUCAGCUCGCGCACAUCCAGCACAUGCACAUGCAAGAGAGGGGCUUCGAUGAUAUCGGUUACAACUUUCUGAUCUCUGGAGAUGGGAUGGUGUAUGAAGGGCGAGGAUGGGGGAUUGUAGGGGCCCACGCAAAGGAACACAACUUCAAUUCUGUUGGCAUCGCAUUCAUGGGCAACUUCAACGAUGAAUUGCCCAGUUCUGCAUCACUGACUGCUCUGCUGAGACUGCUGCGCAUUGGAGUGCUUCACGGUCAUGUGCAGCCCAAUUUUGUAAUUGUGGGACACAGAGACGUGGCAAAAACUGAGUGUCCAGGGAAAAAAUUAUAUGCUCUACUACCAAAACUAAGAGACCAAUUACAAAACAGUGACCUCUUUUCUAUGCAUAAGUUGCAUUAAAUCCCUGCUGUGUCUGUAGCAAUGUGAAAAUGUAUGAUAGGUUUAUUUUUGCCUUGUUAAAAUCCCUUGUCAAAAUAUCCUAAAGUAAUACUAAUGGAUAGAUUUUUAUCAAAAUUUGGAACCAAUUCUGAAGGACAUAAUUAAGAGUCCAAUCAAACAAGAUCCUACUAGGGAAAAAUAAAUAAAUUCUGAAAAAUAGAAAAUUCUGUUUAUCCAGUAAGAGGAUUCAUCUUGUUUGAUCCCUUUAAGAUUCAUAGAAAUUAUAAUGGAAAUCCCAUUAGCAGUCUUUAUUAUUUUUGAUGAGGGAUCAUUUCAGAUGAUUUCUUUGAAGACUAGACUUGAAAUCUCCAAAAUCACAAUUAAGUUACGUCUAUCAUUUCUUCAUACCAAAAAAACCUCACGUAGUUCAAAUGAACCAUACAGUAAUGUGCAAUAAAUUAGUACUCAGGUGUGGCCAAUUAGGCGAGGGUGUCAAAUAUCCUAGAAAAUGAAAAAGUUUGCAAAUAUGCCUUUCUAUUUUUUGAAGCCUUUUUGUCCCAGUGAUAUGUCUGUUAGACGUUGUGCAUCAGUGCCUUUUCAUGAGGUACAAUCAAUGAUCUUUGUGUCUGUGAUUUUAUCAUUAAACUCAUAUUUAUUAUUACA